AUGGCAGGAUCAUCAAGAGAUGCAUAUGUACAGCCCAGCGCAAACGAUGAGGAAGACGACGUUCCUUCCCACACGAAGCUGCCAGCGCCAAGCUCUCAUCAGGCCGAGCAAAGAGACAGGGACGCCUUAAAAGAAACGAUGGAGGAUCAUCACGGCCGGUACACACGACUCGAUGCUGAAUUGGCACAUUUCCAUGCCGAGCUUUCCUCUUGCGACUCGGUCUGGGAUACAGUCAUUUUCUUCACUUGUGGUGCUGCCGGAUUCCUAGUGGAUUCCCUACUCUAUGCAUUCAAUAUUUGGGACGGAAUCCAAUAUUCAUGGAUGCUCAUGUCAUUCACGGGGGUCAUCUGGUGCUUUCAUCGCUCGCGCUGGUUUGGAGUAGCCUUUUGUCUGGGUUCUUCCAUUUCCUUAUUGUACAGAGACCUGAAGCGUGGCGGGCAAGAUAACUGUCACGACCACUUGCUGGACGGCUCGCUGACCACGGCCUACUGGUGGAGUCAGGCACUACUCUUGGUGCUAGGCCCGUUCGUGUUCUGGCGAAUGAUGGUUACAUCCAAAGCUUUGGAUCGGGUUUAUGCACCGCGUCCGACAAUCGCCUGGACGACUUGGGCUGAGUUUCGCGACGUGAUGCGUCGCUGGGUGCAGCCAGGCCAGCCUAGGCCUAGCCUCAACUUGACCAUCCACUGCAAGGAGAAGUCUCUCCCGGGUCUUAGCUCCCAAGGUUCCCAAGGGAACACCGGAGGUCAAACGAAGGAUCCCAUAUCAUUGGAUUUUUUUCAAGAUCUGGAUGUGGGUGCUGAGGAGUCGGACAUGUCUGAGGACGAGGAGCAACCCCUGAAGCCCAAGCCGAAAGAGGCAGAGCGUGACCGACCUGAACCCGAUGUUGGGGUAUUGGUUCACAGCAGAUGUGGUGACUAUAUUGAUGUUCCUGUGAUUUACAUGGAGUUUGGCGAGAAUGCUCGUUCAAACACGGUGACUGUUGACGGUGACCAGUACAAUGCUUUUCGGGAGAAUUCCGAUCCUUUCUUGUUAUUUGUGUUCAACAAGAAGAUUCUCCUUUCGGCAGACAGGUUUGCACAGCGUCGCCGGCAGUGGUGCAAAACUCUUCUCUGUGUUUUGGUGCCGGCUUGUGCGACGCUGGGGAUGAUUGCCUGGUAUCGCAACUCUUCCAUCGUGUCAGUUCCUGUGCAGUACGGGAGCCUGGUGUUCCUCAUGCUUCCAGAUUUGAUACAAGUUUGGAUGCAUAACAAGACUGCUGUGACGAGCAGCAGUACAAGCCAAGAUAUGUCAGCUUUGAACAGCACGAACCAUUGGACGGCAACAGGAGCCGUGCUGAAAGAAGGUUUCGAGUGCCUCAAUGCCAAAACCACCGUAGGGAGCAUUCUUGCUGUUUGGGACUCGACAUUCUUCUACUGCGGCUGCGUGAUCUUCGUUUUCAUUGGAUGCUACCACCUUCACACUGCAGCCAACUCUUUGCGGGAGCUGCGAUCCCUCUUGCAUCUUCACGACCACCACAGCCCGAAGCUCCAGGCGAUCAUCCUGCACAGGCUACAUCGAAUCCGUGCUAGAAUCAUUCACAAGCAGCGGUUGAAGUACAUCGGAGCGCAUGCAUUUCCCGACAAGUUGAAGCCGGAUUUGUCUCUGGGUUGGUGGUUUGAGACUCGCGCACUGAUUUUCUCAGACAUUAAUCGUGCGGUUUCCAAGAGGCUGUUGAUCUUGAUGCUAUGCGGGAUCGCAGAAAUCGUGAUGGUGGUGCUGACCGGCCUGGCCGUCCUUCUGGAUACUGGGCACGACUUUGACAUAAUGUGCUACGCUGCAGCAUUUGGUGUAUUCCUCGGUCUGAUGGUUGUCCUUUUCGCAUAUCUGGGCAAUACUGUCAACGUGGAAUUGGGGGCUGGCCUUCAGGAGAUUGAAGCGACCCCAACACACGAGCCAGCAAGUGGCGGCGAGUCACCGGGGUCACCUGUUAGAUCACCUUCCGGGCGCAGGGUCGAGUUGAAACGAGGGAGAAUGCAGGGGUCUCCGGAAGCAACGCAGUGGGUCAAUGAGUUCUUGGACUAUGAGCGGCUGCAUCCGCGACAGCUGAAGUUCCUCGGAGUGCCUUUCUCUUGGCAGUUUGCCACUGCCUAUGCAGCACCCUUGGGGACUUAUGCAAUCGGAAUGAUCUAUUGGAUCCUGCAGCAGAGUCUCACGAAUACCAAGCAUGAUGCCUAG